ACUUCGGGUCAAAUCGCCCAUCGACCGGAGCCCUCUGUGCACUGUCUCAGUGUCUGACGAAUCCACAUACCACCGAUAGCUGACGCCUGGCGCCUCGGCCCUCUCCCUCCCCCUCCCCCCGCAGCUUGCGCGCGAUGGCGACCCAGCCGCUCACGAACCUCUCCGCGACCGCAACAGCGACCUCAAGUCUAUCGUCGGGCAGCUCGAACUCGAGCUCGUCCGGGUCCUCGGAUAGCGGGAGCGAUGGUAUGAACUCCUCCGCAACGCUGUAUCUAUACACCUUCCUCGCGACCCUCGUCCUCCUGCUCUCCGUCUCCGCCGCCAUCGUCGUGCGCUCCUACCUCAUCCGCCGGCGGCAACGGCAGCUCAUCGCCGACGCCAUCCGGGACGGCAUCAUCCCCAACGCGCCCGGGCCCGGCGUGACCCUCGAGCACGCGACGCUGCUCGCGCGGCGGCCCGAGCUCUUCGACGUAUACCUCGGGCACGCCCCUGCGGAGCGCGAGAAGGCGGCGGGGAAGGGCAAGGCGAGGGAGAGCACGAGCAGUGCGGGGAGCGUCGGGGGCGGGUGGUGGAACGCUGUCAUGCCUGUCGCAGCGAGAGAGGUUAGGACGGCGCCGAACACUGCAGGAAAGACUCAGCCUUCACAUGCACAACCGCCCCGACCACCGCCUGUGCUGCCUUCGACUUUCGCACGGCUCCGCCAGCAGCUCCGGGCGAUCGUGCCCAUGCCCUCCGUAGGGGCCUCCAUCCUCCCCGCACCCGCCACAUCCGCCGAUGCACGACAACCAGAGGUCGUCGAGCUCUCACCCCCGCGCCCCCCGUCGCCAACGCGGAGCAGCGGGCUGCUCGAUGUGGCGUUCCUCGUCGCGAUGCCCGCGCCGCACCACGAAUCGCAUCACGUCGAGCAGGAGUUCAUCCCAUACGUCGAGUUCGGCAUCGCGCGGGUGAGCGGGAAGGGCGAGGUCAGGAUGGAUCAGGAGGAGGCGCCAUAACGCACAAAAUCAUGAGAGGGACCCG